UUUCUCUCAUCUCUGUAUUCAAUUCACUUGCUUCUUCCAAAACCCUAAUCAAAAAUCAAUCGCUACUCUCUCUCUCUCUCUCUCUUUUCAAUGGCCAGCGUUAACGUUCACACUGAAGCUGCUCAAGGCAACAUUGCUCCCUCAAAGCAAUCUCUUCCUCCGCCUAAAUCCGUUGAUUCUCAAUCUGUUCUCAGAAGGUUGCAGUCUGAACUGAUGGCUUUGAUGAUGGGUGGAGAUUCUGGUAUAUCUGCGUUCCCUGAGGAGGAUAAUAUAUUAUGUUGGAAAGGAACAAUAACAGGAAGCAAAGAAACUGUAUUUGAGGGAACAGAAUACAAACUCUCCCUUUCAUUUCCCAAUGACUAUCCUUUUAAGGCUCCAAAGGUCAAAUUUGACACCACCUGCUUCCACCCUAAUGUAGAUAUGCAUGGCAAUAUAUGCCUAGAUAUUCUUCAGGAUAAAUGGUCAUCUGCUUAUGAUGUAAGAACGAUUCUUCUAUCCAUUCAAAGCCUGCUGGGAGAGCCAAACAUUAGCUCUCCGCUAAAUCCACAAGCAGCGCAGCUUUGGAGCAAUCAAGAAGAAUACAGAAAGAUGGUGGAGAAGUUGUACAAAUCUCCUGUGGCUUAAUUUAGAUCUCAGAGUUCUCAUGGAUUUUAUUUCUCUAUGUCUGGCUUGAUCAAGUUUGGAAAAGAGAAGGGGUGGAAUUUUUAAAGCUUGUUCCAUCGUUUCCUUUUUAAAUUUCAAAUGAGACUUGAAUUUUCUAUACAUUGAUUGUAUUGUAUCUCUCUUCUGUUGACAAUUAGUUGAAGGUUAAACACUGUCUUAGAUUGUUUAUUCUUUUUGGAGCUUUGGUGUGGUACAUGUACAAGAAUAUGGGUUUCAACAAUGGAAUUUGUUUUCCUA